AUGUGUUUUGGGUUCCCAAUUGGCAAUCUCCUCCGCCUGUAACUCAACUCAGCUCAACUGCAGCCGAAGCCAUUUAUUAGUCACGCCGCAGAGCCAACGGCUCGGCUCCUUUGGCAGCCGCACCUCCGCCGGGAAUGUCGUCGCUGAAGCUCCCACAGCCGCCGUUCUCCGCCGCUGUCUGCUCCCUUCGAGGCUCUCUCCUCACUCUUGCCGUCCUCACCCUCGUCUCCUUCAUUUACGUCUCCCUCAGAUCCCUCAACUCCUCCUUCCACCAGACCUUCUCCCCUACCCCCGUCGCCGUGCAGCGCUCUCCGUCCAAGGUGUUGCGCGGCGGCGACGCGGAUCAUGUGGGGAAAUUGGAGGCGUUGGAAAGGAGUGGAGUCGAGAGUGACGGACGAGACGACGAUGUUUAUCAUUCAUCUAAGGUGUUCGAAUUGAACUACGAGGAGAUGAUGAGUAAAUUCAAGGUUUACAUUUACCCUGAUGGGGAUCCGAAUACGUAUUACCAGACUCCUCGGAAGCUGACGGGGAAAUACGCGAGUGAGGGAUAUUUCUUUCAGAAUCUUAGGGAGAGUAAUUUCGUGACGAAUGAGCCAGAUCAGGCGGAUUUGUUCUUCAUCCCAAUCUCUUGUCACAAGAUGCGUGGUAAGGGUAUAUCAUACGGAAAUAUGACCAUAAUAGUCAAGGACUAUUUGGAGAGCCUGAUAUCCAAGUAUCCCUAUUGGAACAGGACACUGGGUGCAGAUCAUUUCUUUGUUACUUGCCACGAUGUAGGUGUGAGAGCCACUGAAGGACUCCCGAAUCUGGUAAAAAACUCCAUUCGUGUUGUUUGUUCUCCCAGCUAUGAUGUUGGGUUUAUACCGCACAAAGAUGUUGCCCUCCCACAAAUUCUUCAGCCAUUUGCCCUUCCAGCUGGAGGAAAUGAUGUGGAAAAUAGGACAACACUUGGUUUCUGGGCUGGGCAUAGAAAUUCUAAAAUUAGGGUCAUACUGGCUCGGGUAUGGGAAAACGACACAGAACUAGAUAUUUCAAAUAAUAGAAUCAACAGAGCAACUGGACAUCUGGUGUAUCAGAAAAGGUUUUACAGGACGAAGUUUUGCAUUUGCCCUGGUGGCUCUCAAGUUAAUAGUGCUCGUAUAACAGAUUCUAUACAUUAUGGAUGCAUACCUGUGAUACUCUCGAACUAUUAUGAUUUGCCCUUCAACAACAUAGUAAAUUGGCAUAAAUUCUCGGUAGUACUAAAGGAGACAGAUGUAUAUCAGCUAAAGCAGAUUCUCAAGAACAUAACGCAAGAGCAAUUUGAGGCAUUGCACUAUAAUUUGGUCAAGGUCCAGAAGCAUUUUCAAUGGAAUUCUCCACCUGUCAAUCACGACGCCUUUCAUAUGGUAAUGUAUGAGCUUUGGUUACGUCACCAUGUGAUCAAGUACUAACUUCUUCACUUCACACAAGUGUUGCCUCGAGGUUGGAUAUCCAGCGGCUGUGAAUACUGACUCUGUAUACUACUAUUUCACCAGUUCAUUCAUUGUCAAUUUUUUUUUUUUUCAAUCUUAAUAUAGCGAGCAGAACAAAUUUUGCAUCCGCCCUUUAGUUUGCUUGAAUUCAUUUUGUAUCUUUA